UGACCCCAGAGAUCUGCCAUGAAACCACACCUGAAGCAAUGGAGGCAAUGCAUGCUCUUCGGCAUAUUCGCGUGGGGGCUUCUCUUCUUGGCGAUCUUCAUCUAUUUCACGGACAGCAACCCCGCUGAGCCUGUGCCCAGCGCCCUGUCCUUCCUGGAGACACGGCGACUGCUGCCAGUGCAGGGCAGGCAGCGCGCCAUCAUGGGCGCCAUUGUGGGUGAAGUGCAUGCACACGAGCCCGCCCAGCUGCGUGUGCGCCCCGUCGGCUCCGCCCACGCAGCGCCCGCGGAUGCACCAGAAGCCGACCCGGGCCCGGGCGGCGCGGGGCCUGAGGACGCGUUUUUCGUCCCCCAGGUCGGGCGGAGAUCCCAAAGCGCCUUCUAUACGGAGGAGGACGAGGACGACUUCUUUCUGAACCAGCCGGGCCAGUCCUCGCCGCCACGCGCCCGCCCCGUGGGGCCGGACCCCCGCAGGCGAGCGCACCGGAGGACCAGGAGCCGCAGGGCGCGCUGGCCCAGAGGCCUGGACGGGGAACGGCCGGCCGCUCCCCUGCCCGGCCUGCUGCUGCGACGGCUGUGGACAGGCGAGGCGUCGGCGCGCAUGCUGAGCCCACGUCUGCAGAAGGCUAUGCGCGACUACGUGCGAGCCAACAAGCACGGCGUGCGGUUCCGCGGCAGGCGCGCCCCGCGGAGGGCCCCGGCUGAACUGCUGUGCGCGCUCCGGCGCGCGCGCCCGCGCACCCUGGAUGGCACCGAGCCGCCGUUUGCCGCGCUGGGGUGGAAGAGCCUGGUGCCCGCCAAGGCCCUGAGCCAGCUGCACCCACGUGGCCUGCGCAGCUGUGCCGUGGUCAUGUCAGCCGGCGCCAUCCUCAACUCCUCGCUGGGCGCGGAGAUCGAUUCUCACGAUGCAGUGCUGAGGUUUAACUCUGCCCCUACACGUGGCUACGAGAGGGACGUUGGAAACAAGACCACCGUCCGCAUCAUCAACUCCCAGAUUCUGACCAACCCCGGCUACCACUUCAUUGACAGCUCUUUGUAUAAAGAUGUCAUUCUGGUGGCCUGGGACCCGGCCCCCUACUCCUCCAACCUUUACCUGUGGUACAAGAAGCCAGAUUACAACCUGUUCACUCCAUAUAUUCAGCACCGUCAGAGCAACCCAGCUCAGCCGUUCUACAUUCUGCACCCAAAGUUUAUAUGGCAGCUCUGGGACAUCAUCCAGGAGAACACGAAGGAGAAGAUCCAGCCUAAUCCACCAUCCUCGGGCUUCAUCGGCAUUGUCAUCAUGAUGUCCCUGUGCGAGGAAGUGCACGUGUACGAGUACAUCCCGUCCGUGCGGCAGACGGAGCUCUGCCACUACCACGAGCUCUACUACGACGCGGCCUGCACGCUGGGCGCCUACCACCCGCUGCUCUUCGAGAAGCUGCUCGUGCAGCGCCUCAACACGGGCUCGCAGGCCGACCUGCACCGCAAGGGCAAGGUGGUGCUGCCUGGCUUCCGGGCGGCCCGGUGCCCCGGAGAGGCCCGCGCCUAGGAGGGCACCGGGAGCCCCCGCACGGAGAGGCGCCGCGCCGUCCUCGGGCCGCAGAGCGCGCUGGAGGCUGGAUCCAGGCCGCACGGAGCGGGCCCUGCGCUGCGCCGAGGCAGGAGGCCACGA